AUGGCACCCAUCGAUACCCCAAUCACAGCCCAAGAGCUGGAGAUUCUUUCCACCAAGGCGAUUGCAGCCAAGGAAGCAGCUUAUUGUCCCUACUCCAAGUUUCGGGUGGGGGCAUGCAUCCUGACCACGUCGGGCGAGUUUGUGGUCGGUGCCAACGUUGAGAAUGCUGCGUACCCUGUUGGUACAUGUGCAGAGCGAGUCGCAUUUGGCACUGCGGUUGUGGCGGGGCAUAAAAGCUUCAAAGCGCUUGCUGUCGCCACAGAUAUCAAGCCUGCAGCUUCCCCUUGUGGAAUGUGUCGGCAAUUUAUUCGCGAGUUCACCAAUGGCUCGUUCCCGGUAUACAUGUACGACGGCGAGGGAUCAUAUAAAGUUAUGACCAUGAGCGAGCUCCUGCCGGACUCAUUCGGACCAGGUGAUCUCGGGAUCUAG